CCUUUGACGAUUCAGACGACCGAAAUUCGCUGGAAUCCGUCCAUUGAGAAAAGACUGUGCUCGACUUUGACUUUGCUACUGUCAGUGUCCACCCUUCGUUGGUGCUUCUAUUUUUUCUACCCAUUUCUCUCUCAGGAUAAGUGUAUUUAAAUUCGGAUCCUUUCACAAGUAACUAUAAGUAAAUAGAAAUACAGGUCCAUUCACAUGUGAGAAUAAGUGGAUAGAAAUCCAGGUCCAUUUAUGUGUCAGGAUAAGUGGAUAGAAAUUCAGGUCCACUUUUAUGUAAGUAUACAUCUAUACAAAUUCAGGUCCAUUUAUGUGUCUGGAUAAGUGUGUAGAAAACGGGUUCAUUCAUAUGUCGGGAUAAGUGUAUAGAAAUACAGGUCCAUUUAUAUGUCAGGAUAUGUGUAUAGAAAUACAGGUCCAUUGAGAAUGAAGCCUCACACAAAGCUUAUCUAGUUAUUGACAAUAAUAAAUUAAAUUUUUGCUGUUGUUUUAUUACCAUAGGUUGGCUCAGAUAUGAAGUUCGUAGAAGAGCGCACCAAAGAGCGAAAGUCUACGCUAGCGCUGCUGUGCCGUAGGCAUCGCCUGCUGGCCGGAUGCUUCAUCUCCGUCACAGCUCUCCUGUUGGCCGGCUUCACGCUGAAACCACCCACUUACACACCUACGGCCAGUCCGGAUUUUCGAGAACUUUUGCAAAAUUUAGAAAUGGAAAAUUCCGAUCUGCUGCGCAAAGAGGGCAUCGACAUGGCGCACGUGAUACCCGCCAUGAGGGUGUUGACAAACAUCUCGAGGACGCUGGGUCUCACAUAUUCACAAUCUCAACCUAAUCCAUUGUUGCUCAACAUUUUAUCUAAAUUAGAUCGUAUACGAACGAAUGAGACGACCGAUCAAAGUGGCUCGUUUAAGCCAUCCGCUGAUAGUGACAGUGAAAACAAUGCAGAUUCGCAGCUCAACAGCUGCCAAGCGUCUCUAGAGGAACUCGCCGCCAUGUAUAAAGUCCCCGGCGUCAGCUGUGAGGAGGUGAUCCUCGGAGAUCAGUCCGCCAUGGCCGCGGCGCUGAACGCCACCAAGACGAUGAAGAGAGAACUCUUGCCCAACGAGUAUUACCUCAGCCUCACACAGAAUUGCGACGGCUUCAAAACCUCGCGGGGAUACGUCACGUGCCCUCUGACCCAAGAGGAAUCGGAAUUCCCGAUCGCGUAUUCCAUUGUGACGUACAAGGAUAUCGAGAUGGUCGAGCGAUUGCUCCGCGUCAUCUACAGGCCUCAGAACUUUUACUGCAUCCACGUGGACAAAAAAUCAGAGAAGGACUUCCUGAGGACCAUGAGGAGCAUCUCGGGAUGCUUCGAUAACGUGUUUUUAACCUCUGACCUGGUCGAUGUGAAGUGGGGAGAGUUCAGCGUCCUGGAGCCGGAGAUUAUAUGCAUGAAACUCUUGUGGAGCCACAAAAAAUGGAAGUACUUUAUUAACUUGACGGGUCAGGAGUUCCCACUGAAGACGAAUUUUGAGUUGGUGAAGAUUCUCAAGGCCUACAACGGGGCGAAUGACCUCGAAGGGACAGUUAAGAGGUAUAUUACAAUGUGGUCCUUUUUUUUAACGGGGAGGGGGGGGGCUAGGGGGAGGGGGGCUGGUGGGAAAUCUAUCACUGGGAGUCCCUGUCGGGUUGUGGAUUGGACUAUUCACGCAUGACUGAAAAAUUUCUCAUAAUUUUGGUGCCGCACAUUCACAAUGUUCGUGGUCUGUGGUCGGUUUGUGGAAUUUUUCUGGAGUCCCGAUUUUCAUCUGUGUAAGUUCCCAGUUUUUAAAAUGUUUUAUCCGUUUCCAUUGAGUUGUGUGUACAUUUUUCUUUAACUUAAUUGGUACUUAGUUUUAAUAUUUGAAGUCAUGACUGCAGAUUUAGAUGUGAAAAAAAAUCUAAUUGAGUCCAGGAAACAAGUUCAAACUAAGACUAUACACCAUAUAUGAUAUGCUGUAAGUUGAUAAUGUUGCCUUAUUUACAGUAAGCCUGUACGACCCUCGUCCCCGCCCACCUACCUAUCUCGUGAGUGUUAUCGACGCAAGUCUACCGAAAGGUAACCACGACCCACAUCGCGUCAGCCGUUGAGCGCGUGACGCUGGUCAUAAACACGUGCUAAUCUCUGGGAGGUCGAUCAGGAUUUAUUUGCAACAACAAGAACACACAAAAAAAAAAAAAAAAAAAAAAAAAAAAAAAAAAAAAAAAAAAAAAAAAAAAAAUAAAAAAAAAAAAAAAAAAAAAGAAAAUCGAGUAAAAAUGAUCUUAAGAAUUUUUAAAGUAUUAAGAUCAUUUUUAAUCGAUUUUUUAACCCUUUGACGUCAUUCAAAUCGAUAGCCGCCCAGACCAACGAUGUCAACGAUUAGUCGGCGAAUCCUUUAAGCUUGCUUACCCACAUUGGGUUUCGUCCAUACUACUUCCUUCCAUCUCUGUGGCGCUACAGCUCACGUAGGGGGCUUUGGCCUGGCUCACCACGUCCUUCCACUCCGACCUAACUAAUGCUUUUACUUUUCCAUGCUUGGAUUCCCAGCUAAUGUAGAUCUUUUCCCCCACAUCAUCCAUCCAUCUAAGCCCGGGCCUGCCUCUGAACGGGUUUCCUCUUGGGGGUUUUGGUUGUGCACCCUCUUCACUCCUCUGCCAUUUGGCACUCUCUUAAAGUGUCCUGCACAGCGUAGCCUGUCUUUAAAAAAAAAGAAUUAUUUCCGCUACCCUCUGUGGGAUCCUGAUAUUGACUGUGAAAUUCUUGGUUUGUUCGUAUUCUCCAUUAAUUUUUUUAUACCAUUAAUAUACUUUUAAAAAGUAACUUUGAACCACAUGGUUUUCAAAUGAACUCAUUUGUUGACUAGGUAUUUAAAAAUACCAAAACGUGAAAAAGGCGUACAGCUUCGGACAAUGAAGCAAAUGAAUGAGAGCGUUUCAUGACGUUCAUCAACUAGGCUUCUGUCUCGCGGCAAGGAAACAGUGGAACAAGCUUUGUGCAAGUCUCAAAUAUAACAAGAGGACAAUAAAAAGAUAACUUUUUGGCUAAGAACUUUUCCCCAGCAAAAAAAUGCGGAAAAAAAAAAACAAGAAAAAAAACCCAACCUUUGAAGAGUUUUCUAUUUCUUAUAUAUUUUUUAAAUUUGUCCUGAAGAAGGCGGUAAAGAGCGGGUUGAUUGGUGUAGUUUGGGUCAACUGGUCUAGCCGGCCAGAACCUUUCGGUUGAGAUGUUCGGUCGAGCGGCACGUUGGUCCGACCGUCUGAGAAUCGCUGUUGUAGAUAAACCUCCGAGUAUCUUUCUAACACCACCAACAUCAUCAAUGGCACUACAGCCCAGGGUGGUUUGCUUGUGACCAUUGUCUUUUCAAUUUGAGACCCUCGGCGUAAUCAAAACUCCAUACGAAAUAAGACCUGAAAAAGAAAAAAACAGCACCGCUGUGCUCUAACACCGCAAAGCAUCCAUUGCUCCCUACAAAGCAUCCAAUGCUCCCUACAAAGCAUCCAUUGCUCCCUACAAAGCAUCCAAUGCUCCCUACAAAGCAUCCAUUGCUCCCUACAAAGCAUCCAAUGCUCCCUACAAAGCAUCCAUUGCUCCCUACAAAGCAUCCAAUGCUCCCUACAAAGCACCCAAUGCUCCCUACAAAGCAUCCAAUGCUCCCUACAAAGCAUCCAAUGCUCCCUACAAAGCAUCCAAUGCUCCCUACAAAGCAUCCAAUGCUUCCUACAAAGCAUCCAAUGCUCCCUACAAAGCAUCCAAUGCUCCCUACAAAGCAUCCAAUGGUCCCUACAAAGCAUCCAAUGCUCCCUACAAAGCACCCAAUGCUCCCUACAAAGCAUCCAAUGCUCCCUACAAAGCAUCCAAUGCUCCCUACAAAGCAUCCAAUGCUCCCUACAAAGCAUCCAAUGCUCCCUACAAAGCAUCCAAUGCUCCCUACCUACCACCUACAGUUAAGUUGAGCACUUGGAUUUGUAUUUAGAGAACAUGGGUAGUUUAUUUUCAAAAUUUUCACUGUCCUACUGUUGUUUGUUCGCUGAAGAAGAAGGCUUCUUGCCGGAAGGUCAGUUCUGUUAUUGCGAUUUUUUUCCAUACUUUGUUUCGUUCAUUUCUUUUUUGUAUAACUCUACAGGGCAAACAAUUACAGAUGGAAUAACUCCCCCCCACCCCGUGGACUCCGACCAGUGAAAGGAUCAGUGCACAUCACAGUCAACAGGUACAGCUUUAUACAUUAUUAUUAUUAUUUAUUAUUAUUAAAGUGGUCUUAUAUAGCGUGGUACCCUAGCCUGGGGGCUGGGCUCACCGCGCUUCAUUUUCAAAUAUUAGCAAAAUAUAACAUGACAUUAAAAAAAAAAAAAGUUACUUAUAAAUUUAUUUAAUUUAAAAAAAAAACAACAAGUUUUAUUAAAAAAGAAAAUUGACCCCGCCCACCCAAGAACUAAUUUCCAUGUCCGGCCAUGGACGGCACCCAGCAGCAUCGUUUAUCGUUUAACGGGUCCAGCUAAACACACACACACAAGUGAACGCGUUGUGUUUGAUUGUUCACGUGACAGCUAACGGGUAGAGGUGGGCGUGUAAUAAGGAAAUGAGUGAAACAGAGUAGGGGUAAUAAACAGGGGGGAGGAUGGGGGGGGGGGGGGGGGGGGGGGGGGGGGGGGGGUGGACGCUGUCCUCUCGGAUACUAAAAUGCAUGUAAGUGUUUAUUUUUAAGUUUAAAAACCGCAAAGCCUCAGAUGUUUCCCACCCGCCGCCUACAGUUAAGUUGAGCAGACGGCAAAGCCUCAGAUGUUCCCACCUGCCGCCUACAGUUAAGUUGAGCAGACGGAUCUGCCGAUCAAGGAGAUGGGUGUUAUUUAAAUUUUUAUGUUAUAUAGUUUUACUGUUGUUUGUUCGCCGAAGAAGGCUUCUUGCCGAUACGUUCGUUGUUUUGCGACGUCAUUUUUCGUUUGUUUCAGGUUUUACUAUAUUUUGUUUCGCUCAUUUCCAUUCACCUAAUCUGAUCGCAAUCUCUGUCCCCUUUAUUAUGCGUAAAAAUAUCAUUUAAACAUAUUGCCUAAAGGGGUAAACCAUAAUUGAAAUUGAAAUCAAUCAAUCAAUAUGUCUCAAUAUUUGCAAUGCAGUCAAAACUAAUUUCCAUUUAGUCGGAUCAAUAGAGCAAUAUGUUCUUUUCAUAUUGGAAAUUUGCAGUUGCAGUUUAAAAACAAACUCCCCCCCCCCUUACACUUUUUUUUUUCUAAUUCAAGGGAAGCCACAUUUAAAAAAUUUUCUCAGGGUUUUUUUUUAAAUUUGUUUUUAUUCUUUUCAUAUUGGAAAUUUGUAGUUUCAAUUUAAAAACAAACUCCCCCCCCCCCCCUUACACUUUUUUUUUUCUAAUUCAAGGGAAGCCACAUUUAAAAAAUUUGCUCAGGGUUUUUUUUUAAAUUAGUUUUUAUAAUCACCUCCCCUGAACAGUAAUUGUCAAUUCUGUAAGAGCUUGUCAGGAGAUCUGACAUCUUUAACUUGACCAUUUUCUGAGAAUGUGAUUCAUGUAUCCGCCAGAACAGCUGAACGGUGGUGUCAUAGAGAGUUCAAUAAGUAAAUGACAGACAGUUACAGCUCAUCUGUCAAGCUUGAGACAAGCAGCAUAUAUAACAAAGACGCAAACGUUUCGAUUAAGCUAAUCCAUGGUAUCCCAUUAGACCCUGAUGAAUAUUUUUUUAAAGACUCUUAUUGAACGCAGCUGUUGGGAAUUUUAUAUCGUUAAAAACCAGUGUCAUCUUAGUUCCUUGAUCUUACACUUGAAAAACAGGAAAUACUUAUUUUAGGGAGGUUGGGUUCGGGAGUAGCGCUGAAAAUUUUGAUAGAAUAUGUUGUCAUCGGCAACGAGUCUAUAUGCCAUGUUUCAGCUCGAUAGGUUGGCGGCAAGUGGGCCGCUUUGCCGUCCCAAGAUUUUUACCUUAACACCCAAAAUCGAAUUUAGUAUAAAGGAUUUUAAAAAAAGAGUAUAUCAGAGAUGAUGAAACGAUCAGAAAAACUGUUUGUUAUGUAAUUAAUUUGUUUUUGAAUAUAUCAAUGAUCUUUUAAAAAAUAUCUCUCAACGUUACUGUAUCACACCUAUGGCUGCAUUAUUUGAACAGAGACUUCGUCGACUACAUCCUUCACAACGAUACGGCUCAGGAGUUGCUGGCGUGGGUGAGAGGCACGGGGGUUCCAGAUGAGACGUUCUUCGCCACGCUAAACCACAACCCACAGCUGGGCAUUAGGGGCUCUUACAAAGGUGGGUUUUAAUUAGGGACACUUAUCAAAGGUGGAUUUUAAUUAAGGACACUUAUCAAAGGUGGGUUUUAAUUAGGGACACUUAUCAAAGGUGGGUUUUAAUUAGGGACACUUAUCAAAGGUGGGUUUUAAUUGGGGGCACUUAUAAAGUUGGGUUUUAAUUUGGGGCACUUACAAAGGUGGGUUUUAAUUAGAGGCCCUCAAAAAGGUUAGUUUUUGUUUCGAGACAUAUCUGAUCCCAUUGUUUCAAAUGAAAGUUCAAGUUCAAGCCCUAAUCUCAAUCCAUUGGUUAAUACUGUAGUAUGGAACGUUGUCAAUCUGCACCGAUGAUCUACAUUCAGAUUAAGGUUUGACAAGAAAUAUGAAAAGUACUAAGAAUGUGGAUGGAAAACCAACAACAACAAAAAAAUUAAUAAUUUAAAGUUAAAUAAUGUAGAAUCUUGUUCACCUAUCUCGUUAUUGUAUCUUUUUCCCGUAUCUUGUGCACGUAUCUUGUUCACGUAUCUUGUUCACGUAUCUUGUUCACGUAUCUUGUUCCCGUAUCUUGUGCACGGAUCUUGUUCACGUAUCUUGUUCACGUAUCUUGUUCACGUAUCUUGUUCACGUAUCUUGUUCACGUAUCUUGUUCACGUAUCUUGUUCACGUAUCUGUUCACGUAUCUUGUUCACGUAUUGUUCAAAAUUUCAAUUUUUCUCAAAGUCGUCGGCCCUGCUGUACAGCUAGUGUUUAAAGACAUAUUAAUUCCCUUUUUUUUUUUUCAUUUUUAUUGCAGGUGACCCGGAAACAGAAUCAUCAGACUCGAUGGUGAAACCUUUUCUGACCAGGUUCAAAAACUGGGGUUCGGACCCAUUUAAAUUUCACUGCGCUGGACAGCAUGUUAGGGGUAUUUGUAUACUUUCUACGGGUAAGUUGGUCAGAGGCCAAAGCAUUUUUUUUUGUCAGCUGUAUUUGUAUACUAUUUACAUGUCAGUUUUAUUCUUGUGACCUUGGCACAAAAUCUAAUGACUUCACCAAAAUUGUCAGAAUUUACAGAAUAUCGAAGCAUCUCGAAGACAUUUUAAUUUCACGUCAGACUUUUCAUCUGGCAUCAGACGUUUCAUUUACUCACUUCUGACUUUUUCCCAUGAAAUUGUUCCAAUUCAUUUUUUGUAAACGAUGACAUUGACCCUAAGAUUCCAAACAGUUUGAAUUGCAAACAGUCCUUGAAACGUUCCUUUUAUGUUUACCAGGUGACCUGCCCCAACUAGGUCAAGCCAAGCACCUGUUCGCCAACAAGUUCUACCUGCACGAGGACAAGGUCGUGAUUGGUUGCCUUGAGGAGAAGCUGUUCAACAACACAAGGGACGAGUACUCUGGAACCUUACAGUUCAACACGACGUACUACAGCAACCUGGGGUUCGUCAAAGAUCAAGUGACGUAGUAGGACAAGGGAGGCCACUAGAAUAACACGACGCUUGGACAUUGUAGGACAGGGAAAGUCACUGGAAUAAUUCGUGUCAAUUUAGUCGAAAGAGGUGGUUGUUUUUUUUAAACAUCAAUCAUAGUAUAUUUUUUUUAAAAAUCAGAUUAUUAACACCACUCAAGUCCAAACCCAGGGACAUGCCUGGAGAUUUUGAAAACGUGUAACUCGUAGACUUCGGGAUAAAUUCGUUUGAGGGACGAAUUGACGAAGGAAUUGAAUAAAACUUAAACUAUAGAAGAGAAAGAAGUAGAUAUAAAUAGCAGGUAUCAGAAUCAUUUCUCGAAAAUAAUCUCUAAGCUGAAUGGGUUAAAAGUAUUAGACUAAGAACAGAAUCAAGGGCAGUAAGAGUGAAAUUACAGCAAAUGUCGUAAAGGGAUAGUGAUCCUUGGGAAGUGAUCAUCAAAUGAAGUCAUGUUUAAAUACUUCUCACUUUGAUCAAUAUCAACAUGUAUAAAUAUCGUUUGUAACAAUGUCAUCAACGCUUACAGAUGGCGUUGAUUUGAUGAAAUAAAUGUAACGAUAGCUGCGCUAAAUCUUUAAAUGAGAAAUGAGAUUCCUAAAAUGACCUCAAGUGUGCUUGGCGCAUAAACUUUUGUGUUUUGUUUUUUGUUUUACGGACAUAAUCUCAAUUUUAUUGUGGCGUAAUAAAUCUGCGGUAGUAGAAGUGGGUGGGGACAUACGAAUAAGAAUUAGUGUUCAUGGGCGUGACCAAAGUGGGCGUGACCGAAGUGGGCGGUUGUAAAACCUGAUUAUUUUUUUUAAACAAUUUUUCUUUAAGGGGUGGGGAACACUUAUUGGAAUAAAAUGGUUUAUUUGAUGAGCACUCCGUAUCGGAAAAUACAUAUAGGUUACAGACCAGAAGUGAUACAAUAUUAGCUUUAAGACCAAUGAAAAAAUGUUUGUCACUUUCUCCUGCAACACACAUUCUACUGGGAGGGGUGUGAGCAUCUUUAUGUGAAUAACCAUUUAUUUAAAUCCGAUAAUAAUACAGUCGUAAAAGAGAAUUUUUUUUUUUUUGUUAAAUUAAAAAAAUAAAAUAAAUACGAAUUAUUAUAAUUGCGGAAAAUGGUUGUUGUCAAAUUGAACACACUAAAAAAAAGUACAUAGCCAUACCUGCAAACUCAAGGAAGUUGGUAAGGAGAAAAUAAUACGAUUUUGUUGAAACUAAGAACAUAGUAGGUUUUUUUUUUAUUACGCCAAAUAUACAAUUCAGAGGCGAAGAUAAGCGGCGGGCCCAUAUUUAUAAGGAUAACACCAUGUUUGUUUUUUUUUAAAUGUAUAGUGAAAAUUUUGUGAAAAUAAAAUUAAUUGUGGCAAGAUUUGUUAUGUAACAAUAACAUUUGGAUAACAAAGACAAUAUCUAAAAACCCAAUAAUUUUACUGAUUUGAAAAUUAUUUAUUUUUUUUUUUAAAUAGCUAUACACUUUUCUUUUUCAUUUCCUGAAAAUACAAUUCAAGGUUUGGACAACCAAGGGUUAAAGAUUUUAUUUAAAUAUGAGCAAAUAUUUGGGUUUUUUUUUUUUUUUUUUUUUUUAUUUUUACUUCAUUCUGUUUUUGAGGCAUGGGGGUUUUUCAUGGGCCUUUGAAUAGGUUUUUUUUUUUUUUUUUUUUUUUUUUUUUUUUUUUUUUUGGUGCUUUGGGUAUUUUUAAUGGGCUUUAAAAUAUUUUUUUUUUUUUUUUUUAAACACAAGGCUUUUCCAAAUGUGAGAACUGGUUACGAGAUGAGCAUUUAAAUAUGAGUAUUAUUUUCUGUUAAAAUGAUUUACCGAUACUAUAGAUCAGGGGCAAGGUAGAGGUUGAGUCAAUUUUAAAAGAAGAUUUCAACAUAACAAAAUCUCGUAAUGCUACAGCUAUUUAAAAUGGUAUAUAUAUUUGUUUAACGUUAUGAUAUUAUUUUUUUUUUUAGAAAAUACGUUUUCUUUGCAGAUCAGUGGUACGAAAAGGGCUUGGCUAUGGCUAUAUUAUUUAUAAGAAGGCACAACAUCACAAACCCAGUGUUUUAAGAAACGUAAAUAUCUACCCAAUUAUUCUUCUUUAAAAAUUAAACAAAAGUCCGAUUUACUACUUCCUAGAUAUACAUUUCAAGUGCGUGGAAAAUUGUACAAUUUCAAAAUAUAUAGAUUUUCAACAACAAAAAAAAGAUCUAAAUUAAUACUUGAUUUUCUUCAUCUUCUAUAUCUUAAGGGCCCACGAUCAAUUUAUUGAUCAUUUUGGCUUAUAUCUUUUAGUUAUGAUAUAUUGUACACAGAUUACUGUCGUGGAAAAAAAAAAGAUUUUCAGUACAACUUCAGAUUAAUUAUUUAUUAGUGCUGAUAAUUUAUUUUUCUUCUCAAGUAUUUAUUAAUGUGAAUACGAAUACUGUACUGUGUGAAAAUAAGUAUCCUCCAUUGUUUAAAAUAUAUUUAUAUUGUAUUUAUUUUCUUAGAAGAAAAUUAUCUUUGUCGCUGUUGAACUGUCUAUAAUAUUGCACUGCCUAACAACUUGCAAUCUAUAACAUUCCAUUGACAUAAAACAUUCCAUGAAUAACAUUCCAUUGAAAUAGUACAUUCCAUGAAUUUGUCUGCCUUCUAUGUUCUUACCACGCCUUGUGUAACUUCAAAACUUAUUUUAGCAGGCUACUUUAUAACUGCUCCCAUGCCUUACCUUCAGUCUGUGUAUACUGGUUCAAUGGCUGUCUUGACAUGUAUAUAUAUUCUCCAUCUGCGAUAGGAUCUUAUUUCCAUUUUAAAAAAUGAGGACAUCGCAACAGUUACAUUCCUAUCUCUUUUUUUCCACAAUAUCUCUUUCUGUUUUACCUCUAUCACUAUUACUAUCCUUCUUGAUGGAUGCUCCAUCCUCCAUUUAUAUGAUACCAUUGAGUUUCUGCUGUAAUUAUGUUAUUGAAGUUGUUGAUUCUGUAUAUCACCGCACACUGUGGUCAGACUGUGACAACCGCACACUGUGGUCAGACUGUGACAACCGCACACUGUGGUCAGACUGUGACAACCGCAUACUGUGAUAAGACUAUAACCACAGCAUACUGUGGUGAGACUGUGACCACCGCAUCCUGUGGUGAGACUGUGACCACCGCACACUGUGGUGAGAUUGUGACCACCGCAAAUUGUGGUGAGACUAUUGACCACCGCAUACAGUGGUGGCAUUAUGACCAGUAUUACUGUUACAUUCCAUGAGGAUAAGAGCGAAAGAGAGUCAUUGUAAACUAUACACAAGUCACUUACGCUUUUGUUUUCUUCUUGUAUCAACAUGAUAUUAUGAUGACCCUGUAUUUUUUAUGUUACGAUGUAUUAUGUCAUAUUGUACACAGGACAAAAUUGUAGGACCAAAUUGUAAUGGGAUUUAAUGAAAGUUUGAACAGUGAAAACCAAAAAAAG